CUUGCUGCUGAUGUGCUUCCUUUGCUAUUCCUUUCCCAGUCAUCAGUGUGCUCCAAGAUUGUCCAGCUGCUGGGCCAGAACGAGGUGGACUAUCGCCAGAAGCAGGUGGUGAUCGUGAGCCAAGACAGCUUCUACCGGGUCCUCACCUCGGAGCAGAAAUCCAAGGCACUCAAAGGCCAGUUCAAUUUUGACCACCCAGAUGCCUUUGACAACGAGCUGAUCGUGAAAACGCUCAAAGAGAUCACAGAAGGGAAGACGGUCCAGAUUCCUGUCUAUGACUUUGUCUCCCACUCCAGGAAAGAGGAGACGGUGACCGUGUACCCUGCUGACGUGGUGCUGUUUGAGGGCAUCCUGGCCUUCUACAGCCAGGAGGUGCGGGACCUGUUCCGCAUGAAGCUCUUCGUGGACACGGACGCAGACACCCGGCUGUCCCGCAGAGUGCUACGAGACAUCAGUGAGCGAGGCAGGGACCUGGAGCAGAUCCUAUCUCAGUACAUCACCUUCGUCAAGCCUGCCUUUGAGGAGUUCUGCUUGCCGACCAAGAAAUACGCUGAUGUGAUCAUUCCCAGAGGAGCAGAUAAUGAAGUGGCCAUAAACCUGAUAGUGCAGCACAUCCAGGACAUUCUGAACGGAGGACUCAGCAAACGCCAGAGCAACGGGUACCUGAACGGCUACACUCCCCCGCGCCAGCGGCAGGCCUCAGAGUCCAGCAGCCGGCCCCACUGACCCGGGCAGAGGCCACGGCCCCGCGGCCCCUCUGUACAUACUGACCACUCGUUCCCCCUUAUCUAUUUAAGAAACCAGACGGAGACGAAUGCCUUUAAUUUUGUAUGUUCCGAUUGCCGAAUGGGAAGCAGCCGGUUGCUCGGGAGCCCGGACCACCCUCAGCUCCCGGCCUUGCUCGAUAACUCCUCCAGCACGGAACCGGCUAUAAAUCUCUAUAAAUAUAGAAUUGCUCUAUUUUUGUGUAAAUGCAGAAUAACGGAAAAUUACUUGCCAGGCUCAGUGUUGCUGGGAGGGCCUGGGACUGGGACAGGGGCUCCUGGGAGGUGUUGGUGUCAGGAUCUUCACCUCAAAGGCGGUAAGGAAGGAAGAACUGUGGUGUCCAUCCUGGGAAAGGGCAGUGGCAGUUUGAGUGUGGCCUGAGUGUUACACCUCAACUGGGUUUGUCUCUUCCUACCGUUGCUGUUCAGGUCCAAGCAGCCUGGUUUUGGCUGGCAGGUGCUGCACAGUGCCUUUGGCAGCUGAGAGAAUGAUGUGGAGUAUCUCCCCCUGACUCUCUGCAGCUCCAAGUCUCAGCCUUUCAACAGCAUCCCAUUCUGUGCCUGACACCCCCUUCCCACCACAGGUGUGGGGCUGCUGCCACACCCUCCAGCCAGGACCUGGAAGGUGGUGCUGGGUAUGUGGCCAUAUAAACACAGCCUUUUUAGUAGUCUCAGUGCCUGGCUCGUGUGGGGGCAGCAUGGGGAUGCCUUCAGCCCCUCUGGAGCUUGGUGGCUGUGUCUGGUGGCACUGUUAGUUGACCCUGGGCUGAUAUGCCUGGAGGCUGGCUUGCAGGUCAGAGGUGUGUCUCAUUCCUCACUUGAUUUUGCUCUUGUAUGGGGGAUUUUGGGGUUUAUGAGGUAUGGUUAAGGGACAACCAGCCUCUUCUAAAAGAAAGGGGCAAUGGCUGAUAAAAGGCAGCUGCUGAGCUGCCUUUCUGAAGGGCUCAGCAGUGUGUAGUGGUCCCUGGACUGCCUUGCAUCCCCAUGUGGGACAUGCACAGGUCCCAUCUGUGUAGUGUGAAACUGGCUGCCCAGCAAUCCUCUGCUCCCUGUUUUUAGUAUCCUGUGUCCCUUUCACUGUCCUGGGGAGGACACUGUCCCUGCAGUCUGCUGUCCCAAGGGUUGCCCAGGGUGAGAGUUAGUCUCCCCUAACCUGGUGGUGCUACAGCAGCCAUGUCCAGAGGGGCCUGGUGGGGUUAUGCUGCAGAUUGAGGGAUGCCUGGAGAGGCCCCCUGCAAGGUGGGGCAUUUUGGCUGGGACAAGGGCUUGGUGGGAUGGUAUCCAGCAAAGAUCCUUCAGCUACUGCUGCUAAGACUGACUUGCCCUACCAAACCCAAAAUUUCACAGGCAUUCCACAAGGCCCUCAGCCUUGCUCCCUCAUGG